AUGGGCGCCAGCAGUCUCGUUCCCCUCAUCCUACUCCUCAUCUUCGUUGGCAUUGUUGCCGCGGUCGGAAUUGUUGCCUACAGCAUCGUUCAGGAUGUAGGCAAAAACACACGGGAAAAGAUGGAGCGCAAGAAUAUCGCUUUCACCAGAGAUGGCAUGAAAGUGCAAGUAAAGGAGGUCAAAGACGAGGCCUACAAGGACCGAACCCAGAGUGUCCUGUACAAUGUGUGGAACCACACUUCCUUCCCCGCAUACAAGAGUCGGCUGUGGGAUAUGGCUGGCACAUCUUCGUCGGAGUCAAAUGAGGGUGCCGAGAAACGCAAGUAG